AUGGAUAGAUGCAAACAUGUGGGGCGGUUGCGGCUUGCCCAGGACCACUCCAUUCUGAACCCUCAGAAGUGGUGUUGCAUGGAGUGUUCCACCACGGAGUCCGUGUGGGCUUGUUUGAAGUGCUCCCACGUGGCCUGCGGCCGAUACAUUGAGGAUCAUGCUCUGAAGCACUUUGAAGAGACUGGACACCCGUUAGCCAUGGAAGUCCUGGAUCUCUACGUGUUCUGUUACCUGUGCAAGGACUACGUGCUCAAUGAUAACCCAGAGGGGGACCUGAAGCUGCUGAGAAGCUCCCUCUUGGCAGUCAGGGGCCAGAAGCAGGACCAGCUGGUAAAACGUGGGCGGACCCUGCGGUCCAUGGCUUCAGGCGAGGACCUGGUCCAGCUGCAGCGCACUCCUCAGGGACAGCCGCAGAUGCUGACGGCUCUGUGGUACCGGCGCCAGCACCUGCUGGCCAAGACGCUGCGGAUCUGGUUUGAGAAGAGCUCCCGGGGCCAGGCGAAGCUGGAGCAGCUGCGUCAGAAGGAGGCACUGGAGCGCAAGAAGGAGGCGGCGCGCCAGCGGAGGCUUGAGGUGAAGCGGCGGCUGCUGGAAGAGCUGGCCAGCGCUCCUCCACGCAAGAGUGCCCGACUGCUGCUGCAUGCCCCCCGUGACAUGGUCAAGACUAAGGCCAUGGCCGAGAGGCGCCCCGCUACUCUCCCUACCUCAAGGAAAGCACCCAGCGGCAAACUCAAGCAGCACCGCAAGCCGGCCAUGGCCCCAGGUGUCACCGGCCUGCGGAACCUGGGGAACACCUGCUACAUGAACUCCAUUCUCCAGGUCCUCAGCCACCUCCAGAAGUUCCGAGAAUGUUUUUUGAACCUUGAUCCUUCCAAAACGGAACAACUGUUUCCCAAAGCAACCAACGGGAAGGCUCAGCUAGCCAGCAAGCCAGCCAGUAGCUCAGCCACUGACGUGUCAGCCAGGAGUGACAAGAGCGACUCGUGGGACCGAGAAGGCCUCUGCUUAAACGGUGGGGCCUCCAUCAGCAGGAGCCUAGAGCUCAUCCAGAACAAGGAGCCGAGCUCAAAGCACAUCUCCCUCUGUCACGAACUGCACACCCUCUUCCGAGUGAUGUGGUCUGGGAAGUGGGCCUUGGUGUCGCCCUUCGCCAUGCUUCACUCUGUGUGGAGCCUGAUCCCUGCCUUCCGGGGCUACGACCAGCAGGAUGCGCAGGAAUUUCUCUGUGAGCUGUUGCACAAAGUGCAGCAGGAACUCGAGUCAGAGGGGACCACGCACCGCAUCCUCAUCCCCUUCUCCCAGAGGAAGCUCACCAAGCAAGUCUUAAAAGUGGUGAAUACCAUCUUUCAUGGGCAGCUACUGAGUCAGGUCACAUGUAUAGCAUGCAAUUACAAAUCCAAUACCAUUGAACCCUUUUGGGAUCUGUCCCUGGAAUUCCCUGAGCGCUACCACUGCAUAGAAAAGGGAUUUGUCCCUUUGAAUCAGACAGAGUGCCUGCUCACUGAGAUGCUGGCCAAGUUCACAGAGACAGAGGCCCUGGAGGGGAGAAUCUACGCUUGUGACCAGUGUAACAGCAAACGACGAAAAUCCAACCCAAAACCCCUUGUUCUGAGUGAAGCUAGAAAGCAGUUAAUGAUCUACAGACUACCUCAGGUCCUCCGGCUGCACCUUAAAAGAUUCAGGUGGUCUGGCCGUAAUCAUCGAGAGAAGAUUGGGGUCCAUGUCGUCUUUGACCAGGUAUUAACCAUGGAACCUUACUGCUGCAGGGACAUGCUCUCCUCUCUUGACAAGGAGACCUUUGCCUAUGAUCUCUCCGCAGUGGUCAUGCAUCACGGGAAAGGGUUUGGCUCAGGACACUACACAGCCUAUUGCUACAACACAGAGGGAGGUUUUUGGGUCCACUGCAAUGACUCAAAGCUGAAUGUAUGCAGUGUGGAAGAAGUGUGCAAAACCCAGGCCUACAUCCUUUUUUACACUCAAAGAACAGUGCAGGGCAACAGAAGACUCUCAGAAACCCAACUCCAAGCUCAGGUGCAGCCCAGCAACGAUGAGGGCAGACCACGGACAUUCCCCUGA